CGGCAAGGGGAGCGUGAGCGAAGGCGCUGCUUGCAUAGAGAGAAGGCGAACAGCCGCAACUGAAACAAGAUGAGCAAAGCACACCCGCCCGAGCUAAAAAAAUUUAUGGACAAGAAACUAUCAUUGAAAUUAAAUGGUGGGAGGCACGUCCAAGGAAUAUUGCGGGGAUUUGAUCCAUUUAUGAAUCUUGUGAUUGAUGAAUGUGUAGAGAUGGCACCAGGUGGCCAACAGAACAAUAUUGGAAUGGUGGUGAUCCGAGGAAACAGUAUCAUUAUGUUAGAAGCCUUGGAACGAGUAUAAGGAAUGAAACACCGGAGGUGCCAUGGGUCUCCUCUGAUCCUUUACAUUCCGAAGAGCCUCUUUUUUUUUUUUUUUGUUUCAUUUGAUACAUAAGAUGUCACUGUAUAUUCUUUGUUUAACUUUUUAAAAAUAAACUUUUUGUAAGAUGUUUAGAUAUUUUCUUUCUCUUGGGUGAUCCUAAAAGGAAAACCACAUAGUAACAAUGCCUUUUAAACAAUUCUUCGGUUUUGUUUGAUGCUGCAAGUUAAGGAUGAUCAGAGAAUACCUUUAAAUUUAAAAGUACUGUUAAACCAAAACCGAGGAAACUAUUUACAAUAUUAAUAUCUUGGCCAGUUUGGCUUUUGUAUUCAUAUUUCUCCAGGUAAAAUAAAAACACUGGACAGAG